GCAGCUUUUUUCUACUUUUGUCUUGAUAGGAAUUGUGAGCACCAUGUCCUUGUGGGCCAUAAUGCCACUUUUGUUGCUGUUUUAUGCAGCCUAUUUAUAUUAUCAGAGCACAGCCCGUGAAGUAAAGCGGCUAGAUUCCAUAUCUAGAUCACCUGUGUAUGCGCAAUUUGGAGAGGCACUUAAUGGCUUGUCAACCAUUCGUGCAUAUAAAGCUUACGACCGCAUGGCUGACAUUAAUGGGAAAUCUAUGGACAAUAAUAUCAGGUUCACCGUGGUGAAUAUGAGUGCAAACCGCUGGCUUGCAAUACGCUUGGAAACAUUGGGAGGACUCAUGAUCUGGUUUACCGCAACUUUUGCUGUCAUGCAGAAUGGAAGGGCUGAGAAUCAACAGGCUUUUGCAUCUACAAUGGGUCUGCUUCUGAGUUAUGCUUUAAAUAUUACA